AUGCCUAUGAUAUAUAAUUUAUUUAAUAAAUUGAAAGAUUUAGAAAAUGAGAAUACUCAUGAGAAUAGUUUCUGUCCAGUAGUAAAUGAAGAUAAUAAUAUACCAAAUUUACCAAAUGAACCAAUAAAUGGAAUUAAUUUAGAUACAAAACGUGAAAAAUCUUCAAUACCAAGAGCUGGUCAUGAUCAAAUAUUAAUUUUUGGUGUUAUAGAUUGGAUAUAUCCUUCACCUAUGCAAUUUUAUAAUGCACUUGUAAUGAAAAAUAAAGAUGAUGGGAAUAGUAAUUAUAUGUCUGAAGCAGUUAAAGCACAUAAUGAAGUAAAUGAACUUUCAUGGAAAAAAAUUUUAAAAUGGGAAAAAUUACAUCAAAAGGAAUGUAAAAAUCCAAAAUUAAGAAGAUUUGUUGGUAAAUAUAAUAAUCCAUCACCGAAAUCUUUUUUUAUAAGAUUAUUCACAAGAUUUGAGAAACCAUUUGAUAGACAUGAUUGGUAUAUAGAUAGAUGUGGUAAAGAAAUAAGAUAUAUUUUGGAUUAUUAUGAUGAUCCGAAAUCACAAAAUUAUUUACAAGUUUUUGUUGAUGUUCGACCAGCAUUAGAUAAUUUCACAAAUUUUUUUGAUCGCAUUAAAUUUACAUUUUUAACAUUAUUUAAAUUUAUCCAAUAA